AUGAAGUUUCAAUUUAAUUCGAUUAGUUUGAUAUUUACAUGUUUAUUAGUUUUUAUUUAUUUUACAAUUAAUCAUCAAGUUAAUGGACGAGCAUUAAACAGAAAUAUACAUGAUGCUACUUUACAAAACAUAGAACAUCUAAUUUUGGCAUUAGGAAAAAAACCAAAUACAUUAACUAACUUCAAUGAUGAACAUUAUCUAGAUAGUGAAGCAGAUGUUGAUGAUCAUAAAUACGAUGAUAACGAUGUAUCUACUUCAUUUGAAGAUGAUAAUCAGGUGCUUAAUAAUGUAAAUACACUUAAUAAUAGUGACGAAAUUGAUUUUGGGGAAGAACUUGAUUAA